CAAAAAUCAGUCUCUUCUUCACUUUCCCCACCAGCUCUCCUUUCCUUGUCUCCCCCGAUUCAACUCCCCACCACCGGCCACCUCUAGUACAUCGCCAUGGUUCUUCCCUGCGUACUGGCCCCCCAUCUCCGAGCUCCUUCCCUCCGUGCUGCCGCCCUCCCCGCUCUUCACCUCAUGCGCAGCUUGAGCAGUCAACGGGGCGGAGUGGCCUCGGCAGCGGCACGGAGUGUACUCCGCGGCGGUGGUCUGCUUCCGGUCGGCCUCUCCUCCUUCCCUUCCAGCCGCCAAGGCGCAUGUGAAUUGGCGGGCGCCUCGUCGACAUCAUCUGCGGCAUCGGCGCCAUCACAGUGGCUUGAUCUGCGGUUGUUUCUUGGUCUCCACGCCACCGGCAACCUCCUGCAGUCAUGGCGGCCGUCGAUCCGCACCGUGCCUUCCGGAUCCAGUGUUCGGCUGUGCGUAGGGCGCGAGCUGCUGUCCAGAUUCGCUCAGGGCCUCCGAUGGUGACGGCAUGCGUCAGCUGUGUCAACGACGGCAAGCUUUCCCCUUCGUCGAGGCAGAUCGGUUGUAGACGGCGGCUUGCGUCGAGGCAGGUCAUUGCUUCUAUCGAUCGAGUUCUAGGUUGGCAGAUUGUUCUUAUUUUGUGUUUACUGGAUCAGCUGGGCUGCAAGGUAGCGGUACUGGACGUGGUCAUGUUCGUUGAUAUGGACUUCCAGAACAAGCUGAUCGACAGCCUAUCAAGGGAACCCCAAGGAUUUGACACUGCUGGUGCAAAAUACUCACUACAGGUAAUAUGUAGUAUUAUUAACUACACAACAGAGUAAUAUGUAAAAUGCAUACAACGGAGUUGUUGGAUUACCUGGGAUCGACAUAGGCGCGGAACUCUCGGUGCCACACUUUGGACUGAGGGAGAGUUAUGUGUUGUUUUGUCUUUUACCCAGUGCUAAGUGCUAUAAGGCUGCAUGUAAUUCUUUGUUAUGUGCUGUGAUUUUUUAUACUAUGUAUGUAUAUAUGCACUUGUUCUCCUGGUGAUGCUAACCGAAUAGGACUUGGUAUAAUUCAAACCAAGUCCUAUUCGGCCUAAACAGAAACAAAGUCCUAAUCAGCCCAAACGGAAACGGAUGGGAGUUUGUUUCCUAUUUUUGUGGAAUCGGACAGAUUCAUUUA